GCGGAAAUCGGCUAGGCAGGUAGGCACAAAUUGACAUAAUUAGCCACAUAACCGCAAUUAGCGAAGAGAAAAUAUCAGUAAUCAGGCUUCGCCACUGUCUCCUGUUCGCAAGGUAAUGAUGCGUGCAAGUACACUAAUUGGAAAUUGUCUUGAAUUCAACAGUGCAGAAACAGGUAUCGUGGGCUGCGAAAGGAAAAUAUCACGUAUUUUAAGGUAUAUUUUAUUUGUUUCAUGCCAUGGAUGUCGUUACGAGAUAAUAGAUCAGAAAAAGUUACGUGGGAAUCGUACUGCUGACGCAGCAGGGACUUGUUCAGAAGACAUGCUGCAUUGACACAACCUGCUUUGAGUGAUUCCGAAAGAACCUGAAAAGAUAUAUCGGAAACUCCGUGCUACCAUUAUGUCAAGUGAAAUAUUGAACAUGAAGGAUGCAUUCGAAUUAUUAGUUUUCGCCGCCACUGUCAUCAACAUUUUCGCGGCAAAUAACACAGUGCCCAAAUACUGCUUGAGGCCGAAAGCGCCUGGCAGCACAUGUGGGGGAGGCCCGUUUACAUCGUGGUAUUUCGAUUCCAACAUCCGUGCAUGCAAGGCUUUCAUCUUCGGUGGAUGCAACGGGAACCUGAACAGGUUUUCUUCCGAGAGACAGUGUCAGCGAUGGUGCUUACCUGGAAUUCCAGAGAACACGGUGUGUAGCUUGGAUCAAGUUCAAGGACACGGCAUAGGCCAGUUUUUCGCCUGGUCAUAUGACUCCAAAGCAGACUAUUGUCGUGUAUUUAUGUACAGUGGAUGGGGCGGCAAUUGUAACAACUUUAGAAGUUGUUUUGAGUGCAUGAACAGAUGCAGCGGAAAUGAACAUGCUGCGCACAUCUGCCGCAUUCUGAAUUAUGAUAUUAUGGCUUACUCCUACAAAGGACUUCAAUUCAGCUUUCCUGGAAUUAAAUGAACAGCUUGAGGUUGUAUUUCGGACAAAAGAGAUCUACAGAAAUUUGAGAGGUUUAUACAUUAAAGUAUGCCAUCAUCUAAUAAGGCCAAGUGCAGAAAUAUAUUCUAGUUUACGCAGAACA